GAUUAUACGGAUCAUUCACAAUGCUCAGUCCUGUGGGUCGAAUCUUUCAAUGGCUUUAACUUACUAAACUUGCCCUCAAAAAAGUAAUGGCUGUGGACCACAAAACACCAAUAACUGCUAUGGACGAAAUUGACAGUAAUGACAAAUAGUGUGGUGAACUUCAACCCUGGAUUUGUUGAUGUAAAUAUUUGUAAAAAUAAAACUUCUAUGCGAACCCAAUAUCAGAUCUUCAAAUCAUGGCUAAGAAAAAUAUAGAAGAUGUAGAUUUAUAUGCGUUACUGGAUAUUCCUAUAACAGCUACUGAAUCUGAGAUCAAAAAAGCUUACCGAAAGAAAGCUUUAACAUGCCAUCCUGACAAGAAUCCUGAUGACCCAAAAGCAGCUGAAGCAUUCCAUUCAUUAUCACAAGCCUUAGAAAUACUCACGGAUGAGUCAGCCAGAGCUGCGUAUGACAAAGUACUAAGAGCUAAAGCAGCAGCUAAGCUCAGACAUCAGGAAUUAGACAGUAAACGGCAGAAACUAAAGGAAGACUUGGAAAGACGAGAAAGAGAGGCAGAAUCAGGAAAAUCAAGUAAUCUCACAGAUGAACAAAAGCUAGCUGCAGAAAUUCAGAGACUACAAAGAGAAGGCAGCAGACUCUUACAAGAAGAACAGCAAAGAAUGAAAGAAGAAAUACAAAGAACUAGAGGUCUGCUAUCACAGCCUGUUUGGGAUUCAAGUCUCAACCGAAUAAAAAUUAAAUGGAAAGUAGAUAAAGCUGAUACUACAAAUGGGGGUUAUGAUGAACCUACUCUAAGGAGGUUUUUAAAGAAGUAUGGAGAUAUUGUAGCUUUAAUUAUGUCACCAAAGAAGAAGGGUAAAGCAUUAGUAGAAUAUGCAAGCAAAGAUGCCUCAGAAAUGGCAUUGGAAUUUGAAAAAGGUUUACCAGAGAAUCCAUUAGAAUUAAAGUGGCUUAAUGAGAGACCAGUGUUGACUACAAAGAAGAAUGUUACAGGCCCUUCAGUCAUUUCAGAUAGAGAUUAUGAAUCUCUAGUACUCACAAAAAUGAGACAAGCAGCCGAGAGACAACGAUUAAUAGAAGAAAUGCAAAAAGAAGAUGAGAAUCAAUGAAAAUAAAAAAGUCUGAGGA